GGGAGAGGGGCGAACAUGGCUGAAGGCAGCAGGGGCGGCUCAACGUGCGGCGGCGGGGAGGGCGGCAGGCAGAACCCGGUUCCCAGCAGUGGCGGCUGCAACUUCCCAGAGUACGAGCUUCCUGAGUCGAAUACGCGCGUUUUCCAUGUGGCCGCUUUCGGGGAGUUGUGGCUUGGCCGGCUGCGCGGGGAAGGGGACUUGUCGCUGAAGGAGCCGCCGGCACCGGCGCUGCCCGGGGGCCGAGGGGUUGCAGACUCCGGCCGGGAGGAUGAGGCCGUGGCCCGGGAUCUGGGCUGCAGCCUGGAAGCGGCAGCCGAGCUGAGGGCGGUGUGCGGUCUUGAUAAACUGAAGUGCCUUGAGGAAGGGGAGGAUCCAGAAGUCAUCCCAGAAAAUACUGACCUAGUGACUUUGGGGGUUAGAAAGAGACUUCUGGAACACCGGGAAGAAACCAUAACGAUAGACCGGGUCUGCAGACAAGAAACAUUUGCUUAUGAGAUGGAGUCACAUGCCAUAGGAAAAAAGCCUGAAAAUCCAGCAGACAUGAUUGAAGAAGGAGAGCUUAUCCUAUCUGUGAAUAUCUUGUACCCUGUUAUAUUUCAUAAGCACAAAGAACACAAACCAUACCAGACGAUGCUGGUACUGGGCAGUCAAAAGCUCACGGAACUGAGGGAUUCAAUUUGCUGUGUCAGUGACCUCCAGAUUGGUGGGGAAUUCAGCAACACUCCUGACCAAGCCCCUGAACACAUCAGCAAAGACCUAUAUAAAUCAGCCUUCUUUUAUUUUGAAGGAACAUUUUACAAUGAUAAAAGAUACCCUGAAUGCAGAGAUUUGAGCAGAACCAUCAUUGAGUGGUCAGAGUCCCAUGAUAGAGGGUAUGGAAAGUUUCAGACUGCUAAGAUGGAAGAUUUCACUUUCAAUGACUUGUGUAUUAAACUGGGUUUCCCUUACUUAUACUGUCACCAGGGAGACUGUGAACACAUUGUUGUCAUUACUGACAUAAGGCUUGUGCAUCAUAAUGACUGCCUGGAUAAGACACUCUAUCCCCUUCUUAUCAAGAAGCAUUGGCUGUGGACCAGAAAAUGUUUUGUUUGUAAAAUGUACACAGCUAGAUGGGUGACGAACAAUGACAGUUUUGCACCAGAGGACCCAUGUUUCUUUUGUGAUGUUUGCUUCCGAAUGCUCCACUAUGAUUCAGAAGGCAACAAACUGGGGGAAUUCCUCGCUUAUCCUUAUGUUGAUCCUGGAACCUUUAGUUAAUAUCAAAAUGUGUACCCUUUACUUCCAAGAAAUGCCACGAGGAGCAGGAUCUACCUGAGACCAUCAGCUGAAGUUACCACCCCAGCAAAGAAAGUUCAAAUCACAGGUCUUAUUAAGCAACUUGAAUGUAUUUAAAUGUUUUGAAAUAUAUUAAAUUAUUUUAAUAUUCCAAAGCAUAGUUUUUAUUCAGUGCUUUUUUGCCCAUUUUUGAGUUGUCUCAUUGAUUUGUAGGAGUGCUUUAUGUAUCCUGCGUACAAAUCCUUUGUCAGAUACAAGUAUUCUGGUUUUCUCCCAGUCUGUAGUAUGCCUAUUCACUCUUUGUCCAGAGGGCUUUUUGCUCAUCUAUCAUUAUACAUCAAGUGAUGGAAGUGUUUUGAAAAUUCUUUGAAGAAUGUGAGCGCUACACCUUGUACCAUGAGGCUUCCAAGGUAAAGAUCCUCCAAAUAUCUGUAAUAAAAAUGAGGGAGAAGUUAAUAAAAGCAGCUUAUUUAAUAAAUACAAUAUUAAGAGUAGCUAUUGUGUAAUUUAAUCUUACACUGAGCGCUUUUGUAAUGUUAGGUUUUGUUUUGGUAGAAACUAGGCACACUUAACACUUCAGAAAGACUCACUACACGAAUAACGAAUGUAUAAAGAUCUUGAGUAUACACUCAUACCUUACAGAAAUAACACUUAAACUGAAGCUUCCUUUCUUGACCGGAAGUUUUGGAAUCACAAAUGCUGUUAGUUUAAAAUGUAUGUCAAUUUAACAUUUUCAUGAUUUAAAGGAAUAGAUUUUAUCUAAUAUGACCAAUGAAUGGACAUGGGAAAUCAAGAUUCUUUGGAUUGCUAGCUGUGGAUCACGAUUCUUAGGCAAUAAUACACAGCAUCCUGUAUGCAAGAACACAAUUGUUUUUCUAUCCCAGCUCUUCAUUCUUCUGGUUAUGAUACUCUAGUUAUCCUAUUCUCAUUCUGGACCAAAGGGCAACUUUGAUAAAUUCUGAGGUCUAGAUCCAUGAGAGAAAAUUGUAGCUACCUAUAUUGAAACGUUUUCUGGCAAUCUUUAUUGGUGGAAAAUUUAAUUCUGUUUAAUACUUUUAGGAAUGCUGGACAAAUAUUAAACAGAAUUAAACACUUUAAAUGUGUUGCACUUAAAUUUCGCGUUCUCUCUUCUAGGUUAUAUUUAAAUUCGGCUGGAUUCCGCUUUCCCUGGAUGGCUAAGAACAUUUACUAUAUAAAUCAAAAACUGAUGAAGCCUAAAAGACUGUGUGUUUAAAAGGUUGACAGUGAAAUGUUUUAUGGACUUAAAUGCCACAUAAGUCAAUUAAGUCGAUUGGUUUGUAGAAGACGAGGACCUGUUUCUAGCGGUGGUCAUAUUCACCGAUUCAGUCAAUACACCAGAAAAUCAGCAUAAGGAAAUAAGAGGUCCCUCCAUGGCUGGCUGGCUGUUAUUGCCUACAUGUUUACUUUCAUGUUUCCAAUGAUGCUGAAUUAGAACAGAUUGAAAAUCCUGCUGGAAAACCAAAGAUUUAUCUAAUUCUUUAAAGUUCCACAGGUAAAAAUGAAUUUUUGCUUCCUUUAUUUUUAAACUGCAUUCCUUAUAGGUCUUCCAUUAGUAUGCAAGGGACUGUUUACUUUUAUUUUCAUCAUUUCAUAUCUCAAAACAGCAAAUUCCAGAAAGUGGAUUGUCAUAAAGCAGCAUUAAUCCAUGCGUCCCACCAAUCAAUUUAUUUUACUGGCAAAGAAGGCUGUCAGUUAAAACAUUACUGCUAUUGAAAUUCUUAUUUUGUUCUUCUUUGAGAUUAUUCUUCUGCUGGUUCUUAAGGUUAACUUCUUCACCAAAGUUACAAAGGCUCGGAUACCUUUCUAUUAUCAUUUCCUGGUGAGGUCUAAAGGCCUACCAUACUAUUCUCAGAACUUGCCAAUGUAUUGCAUAUCAGUUAUACAGGUCUCCCACUAUGUUGAGCUCAAAAGAAACCCCUAACUUGAAGUAGGCAUAUUUAAGAUGUCUUGAAUCAGGGAUUUUGUAGCUGUAAAAUUCAGUUUUAAACACAUGACAAACUACAGUCAACAUUUUAUCUAAAGAAGCCAAAUAUGAAAAUGUUAUGAACUUAUUAGUCAACGUCCUCUGUAGUUAGAAAUGAAUGAAAUUUUGAUAUACUAGUGGAUGGACAGGCACAAAAUGAUUACCUAGAAAAGCAAUGCCUAUUUUAGGCUUCAGUAUCCUUUAAGGAUAAUUUGACCUUUCUCCCAAUCAAAUUUCAGUGCCUCUGUCAUCUCUGAGGUUGGAAAAUUACACGGCAUAAAUAUGUAAACACAUUUUUGGACUAUAUAGCAGCUUCUCCAUUUCUUAAUAUGUAAUUAUGGGUUUGCUAUUUCCAAUAGAUCCUUUCUCUGGAUAAGUUGUAUUAGUGAAGCCCUCACAGAGCCCUGUAAAAGCCUUUGCUCUUGUACAGGAUUAGAUGGCAGACCUGAUCUUGACCUGACGUCUUUAACCAGGUAAGUGUGUAUGGGUACGCUACAAUCAAUGUGUCACCAAAAACUGGAUAAAAUCUGUCAUCCUACUAUUUGAAAUCAUUCCAGUCAAGCUGUUUCAGGUUCUCCAAUUUAGAUGAUACAGCUGAAAUUUGUCUAGAGCAGCUGAGAAAACAUGCAACAACUGAUUCUGCCAAGUCAUGUGUAACUUACUCUUUUAAAUGUUAUCUGAUGGUUAAAAAAAAAAAUCACAAGAGAUGUUGCUUAUAUAUUAAAAAAAGUACGUUUGGGUUGGGGCUGGCUAUCUCAUUUAAAGUAUCUCUUACUGGCUUGUUCAGCUAUGUAGUUUUGGUCAAAUACAAAUUUAAAUUGAGCCAGUGCUCCCGAAAAUUGAUACCUGUUUAUUUGACUUUUUCUUAAGAGUUCUGAGAAUAGUAGUUAUCUGUGAAUCAACCUAUGACAAAAAAUUUUUUUCUUGAAAUGAGGGUAAAGAGAAGGCAACAGUGUUUUAACGCUACAUGAACCAACUGGCUAGAGCAAGGUCAGCCCAUAAAAGCAGACAUAAAUAAUCAGAAUGCUACUAUAUUUCUCUCCAGCAUUUGAAUAGUUUGUGGUUUCUUGGUAAAACUAUAUAGAUCCUUUGGGUCACCGAAAAAAAAGGAAGGGUAAACCAAAAGAUAACAUUUCCUUUAUUUUUAGCAUUUUGAGCUUAUGUUUUAGUAACCCUGUGUCCCCAAAUAAUACAGUUUCUAUGACCAAGUAUACUCUCUUGGAAACAAAUCCAGAAUUCCAGCACAGUUUUAUAAAUGGCAAAGAAGUAAUAUACUAGUAGACUUUGAUAGAAAAAUUCUUUAAUCAAAACAAGUUUACAUGUUGACACUUAUGGCUUAACUAGAAUAAAUCUGUCCAAAUUUAAAUUGUAUUAAGGACCAAACAGAUAUAAUAGCAAGAGUUCCCUCAAAACAGUGGGUCCUAGUUCCAUUGUAAGACCUCUCAAAAGCAAAACUCCCAAUUACUGAAAUGUUUCAAACUUUUCAUCUGUAGAUGAAAACAACUACUCGAGAGGUCAAAGCAUAAGAUGCAUGUCACAUGCAAACACUGGUAAUUAAGCCUUUUCCCCAUAUUCAGUUUCUAAACAUGAGAAGUGUCUUUUUAAGCUACUGCAAACCACCAACUGACCUAGUAUUCAAAAUACCUUAGAAAUGCUAAGUUACCCUUAAAUUUUGUGUUAACCUUGGUUCACCCUGAUUUAGUCCGUAUCCAUGAAUAUACAGACAACUCCUUUACUUUUGUCUACUGUGUUUCCACUUUUUGCAAUCCUGUCACAUGUAUGACAUAGAAAUAAAAAUUCCCUUCUGGUAUAGCCAUGUUUUCAAAUGGGUUAGUUUCCUUAUAUAGUAUUUACUUUUAUUUACUGCAAAAGUAUUAUGGAUUGCAUUUUUUCCAAUUAAAAAAAUACUUAGUGACUUCUUUAAUGUGUGACUUUUUAAAAAAUUCAGAAACUCGAGACAUUUCUCAAAAAUAAACUUUUAUCAUUUAGUUUUCAGUUUCAGCUACUAGUGCCUGUAAAGGAUCUUAAAUGGUUGAACCCUAAAGCCAGAUUCAUUCCUAUAUAUACUCCUGCACGCUGCAGGAAACUCAUGUGACUUCACUGAAUUCCCAGCCACAAAACUAAAUUACCUUCAAAAGUUAACAUGAGUUUUGUACCCCGUAGAACAGUUCAACGUCAGUUGGAUAUCUAGUUGUCAUACAAAAAGGCAUACAGACCACACAUUGUUACAAAGCAGCAGGAUAAUGUAGCACAAUGUAGACUGCGAUUAAAAUUAACUUUUGAUAAAAGGGAGGGAGUGAAUACUUGUAUAGAAGUAACAUUUUAUCUACCGUAAAAAUGAUUAACUUCUACAAAACCCACAAACAAUGAAAAGACAGUCUGGUAAAUCCAAGAUUUGUAAAAACUAUGCACAAAACCCACAGUAUUUGGGAAAAGAGGAAAGGUUUAUACAAGUAGCAGUUUUAAAAAUGUAACCUUUUUCUACUAUCAAUUACAUACACACACUAAUUGAAAAUAUACUACAACCAAUGUCUGGAAAAGCAGUUUAACAUUUCCUAAAAUGGACUUUCCCUCACAUUUACUGUAUAAUGUAGCUGUUAAUACUGCACAAGUACAAUCAGCAAUGUUUAGUCACUUUUAAACAAAGAUAAGGAGAUUUCUCCCUCAAAACAAGUUUUAAACAUCAAAACCUAUGCUUAUAAAAAUUUAAAACUUUCAGCAGUCUAAAUAUUUCGAAUGAAAACCAUUACAAACUUCUCAAAUGUUCUUUAUAUUCCAGGUAUGUCAACCUAGUUAUCUAGUGUAGAAUCCUUCAGAGAUAUUUCAGUCUCUCUCUCUUCACUGGAUGGCCUAAAGAAAAGGGGGAAAGAAAGGUGUGACAACUGGGGUUAGGAUUUUUUCCUCAGGAGGAAAAAAGAUAUUAAGUCUGUGCAUUUGUUUUGAAAAUCACCGAAAGAAUUUUUUCCGUGACUUAUUAUUAAUUGUUAUUUUAUGUCCAAAAUUUUAUUUUACCAUGUUGUGUCUUCUUCACAAAGUAAUAUGCACAUCAAGCAAAAUAACUCAGGGAAGCAUCAUGGCCCAGGCCCUUUCCCACCAUUUCCAGCUUUAAAAUGAAUUCUCUUUAAAGAACAUGGAAGUGUUAUACCUGUGAUACCAACAUAUUAUACAUCUUAAGAAGAGAGGGUAAUAUACACACGGACAAGAUUUCCCUGAAUUUCAGAAUUAAAGGAUGCUUGAUUCCAAGUCCGUAAAGUGUACGGUGGACAAACCAAGAUUUGGAUAACUACGGUUACAUACCUAGUUAUUUUAGAGUGGGUAUGAUAAUACAACACAGCCUAUGAUUCUAGAUCUAAUUUCUGUAUCCUGUCAAAAUUCAAGAAGUAUGGACAUGGGUCAUUAUUAAAGGUACUAUCAAUGGAAGAAGUCCAAGGAAUAGUUAUUUUUUUUAAUAGGAGUCCUGCCUUGCUCUAUUCCCUUGAAUACAGUGGCAUAUUAGUUUCAAGCGAAGUUUCUUUACGGCUUGGCCAUUUUAAUUCGCGUCUUGAAUCCUGAAUUCAGGAAGUGAGUGAUGAAAAUAAAUCCCUUACACAAAUAAUCUUGGAACAGCAAUGUGAUUUAAAAAUUAAAACAUACAUCACAACCCACUAAAACAUGUCCUCACUUUUUCUUACUGCUGGCCUCGUGGUUGUCUUUGCUUUCUUCAUUGCUGUCUCCAUUAUGUUGUGGUUGAUUAUUGUCUUGAGCAUCCGAUCCUCCAUUUAGAGUCUUUGAACCUUUAUAAAGAUUUCAAUGGAAAAACUGUUAGAGAGACCCAAAAUCAAAAAUAAAACAUAGUCCCAAAGUUUCUAAUACUGUAUUUUAUUUGAAAUUACAUUGUAAUCCUUUGGGUAGACAAGGCACAAUAAGAAAUGGGGUUACGACAUAUAUCUAUCCAUAUAAGAAGUAGGUUACUAAUCUGAUUAUUCCAUUUGUUACUGUUAUCAGGAACACGAAAGGGUGGUACAACUCUUUGGAGCAUUAUGAUUUAUUCUAGUUCUUAGAAAAAGCAGUGUGAAUCACAGUAAGAUUUUGUAUUUAACAACAAAACGUGGCAAAGUAGUUAAUUAACAUGACUUCGUCUCUUAUGACAAAAUGAUGAGGGCUUCCCGGUAAAUAUUAUUUCAUUAACAAAUCUCUAAGGAGACCUAUAUCAUUCCCUAAUAAGUGAGUAAACAAAAUUCAACUCCUUUGGAACAUUUUUUUUCUACUUUAAGCAGUUGCUGCUAAGAUGUUUUAGUACCGUGGAACUGGGGAAGCUGCUAAUUUUGGGGAAAGUGGCUAAUGGUACAGGCAGACCUCGAUUUAUUGCGCUUCACUUUGCUGUGCUUCGUAGAUACUGCAUUUUUUUUUUUUUUUUUUUAACAAA